UCGACUUAAAAAUGAGUGAAACCGCCAAGCCAAAAUUUAUUUUUGAUUUUCAAAAGUUGACCAAAACUUUCACUGAGAUCUGCCCGGACUUCUCUGCCGAGCCAAGCUAUGCGAAUGCAACAGUGAGCCGCCGCUUCGCCGAGCAGGUGAUCUUCGAGUACAGCAAGGAGGCCAAAAAGGCCAAGGCGAAGAACGUCGAUGAGAUUCAGAGGAUGUCGCUGCAGACAAAGAGCGCCCAGGGCUACUUAAUAAAGAACAGGGUGACCAUAGUGCUGCACACCCGAAACCCGGCACCGCCGAGGCAACCCAGCCUGGUGGACGGCAAUCUAGAGCUGACCUUCAAGCAGGCCAGUCUGCUGGCCGUGGCCAAGUACUGCCAGCUGGUGCCACAUCUGGUACAGCGCAAUGAGGUGGUGCUCACUCCGCUGGCUGGGGCGGUGUUCGCCAAGGAGGAUCUGCAGCAGCUGGCCAGAGUGCUGAAUGAGCCGCUGGCCGAGCUGGUGAUGGCAGUCAUCAGCAGCUGCCAAACCGAUGGCUACUAUCUGGAGCACAGCCGCUGCGAAAUCGCACUCGCAGCCCUCAUCAAGACGGUGAGCGAUCUGAAGAUGCGAGCUUCGCUCGUCAAGAAGACUAUCAAGAUGUACAAGCUGUAUGGCAAGGAGUUCGACAUGCGCAAAUUCCAAAUAUGCAUCAGAUUCCUCAAGUCCGAUAGCAAUUCGAAGCACUCUAGUAAUGAUAUCGAGCAGAUUUUUUCCAGUGUAAUGGCAGUCGAUCUGAAGGCCGACUCAAUGCCCGUGCGUCCCAUGCCGAGGACCAAGAUGACGUGCGCCGCGAACUUCAGCGGUAAAGCUCUGCAAAGCAACAAAAAAUGAAACUUUACCUACUUUUCUUAAUGCGGUACUUAUUGCGUGGAAAAUUUGUUAAGGGAAAACUGAUUUAGACACUCGCUGGCUUCUUAUGCCACAAGCUUCAAGCUACGUUUUCAAUUU